AUGAGUUCAAGUUCAGCGUCAUCGGGUGUUAUCCAAAACCGUGGUUUUCCGGUGAAGUGUUGGUGUGGAGAUGAUGUGACAAUCUUCACAUCGAAGAGUGUUGAUAAUCCGGGCAGACCUUUUUUUCGUUGUGAAACGAAAAGAGAUCCAAAGACGUGGACAAACAAAAGAGAUAGUCAUUUGUUUAAAUGGGUUGAGGAUGCUGUAUACGAAGAGGUUGAAGAUGUUUUACCAAAAUUUGUGAUCAUUGCAAAUGAGCUUAACAAAGCCAAAUCCGAGGCAAAUGAGCUAAAUGUGAUGAUACAUGAACUAAAAGAAGAAGCAAUGUUGAGUAAACAAGAAAUCUGCAAGUGGAAAGUGUGUUUGAAAAUAUGUUUUUUGUGGCUUUGUUUGAUCAGCAUUUUCAUUCUUUACAUGAUGCUUGGUAAGGCAAAAAGAAAUGAAUUUGGUGUUGCUUAA